AUAAAAAGGCUAAGGUUAAAAGUAAGCAGCGCUUGGAAGCUAAAAAAACGCAGCGCUGCGCAAACAGAAAAAUAAUCAAUAAACGUGUAAAUUUUGUAAACACGCCAAGCCUCCAAAGCAGCAACCAGCACCAACCCACCAACAGUCAGCGCCCUCCACCCCAACCAAAGGCAGUGCUAAUAGUGCGGGCUGGAAAUGUUAAUCAAUCUGAUAUUCGAGCUGCUGCUGCUGUUUGCUGCGGCUGCUGCAGCGCAGCCUGAGCUGACGCCGCCGCUGCCACAUCAGCUGACCAAGCGCAUGGAUCUGGAGUCCUGCAUAGGUCACUUUGACAUACAUAAGAAUACAAUAAUACGCACCGGCGAGUCGCAGGCGAUUGGUGGCAAGUAUCUGCAAGGUCUGGAGCUGGAUACGCUGGAGGAGUGCGAGCGUCUCUGCUGCGAAACGGACUCGUGCGAUGUUUACAUCUUUGAGCGCAAAACGGGCGGCUAUUGUUAUUUGUUUGAAUGCGGUCCACCCGAGAAUUUCCACUGCAAGUUUACGCGGCAUGCAAACUAUACGAGCGCAGUGCUGACGUCACAGCUGCGGCAUAAUGCUGAAGUGGCAAGCACGCCGCGUCCACAGCUGCCGCACAUACCCAGCAACAAUAUAUCGCAGCAGGAGUGGGAGCUGAGCAAUCUCAAAACGAAGCAGGAGAAGCCAGCAGCAGCAGCAGCAGUAGCUGCAGCUUUGCCUACGCAGGCAGCAGCAGUAGGCGUGGCAGUUGUGGCAGCAGCAGCGCAAAACGCUGUGCCCAGCGCGCAUUGUGGACGCUUUCAGUUCAGUUGUCAUUCCGGUGAAUGCAUUGCUGUCUACAAUGCUUGCGAUGGGAUUCCACAGUGUGAGGAUGGUAGCGAUGAGGGACCGGAAUGCAAUGCCAUUGCGCCAACGGCUACAAAGCUCAACAAUAAUAAUAACAACUUGAAUGCGGAGCAAUAUCAACAGCAGCAGCAGCAACAAUUGCUGCCAGCAACACAACAGCAGCAGCAACAACAACAUGUAGUGGUCUUGGGUCCACCACCGCAGCCGCCACCACCACCACCACCACAAGUAGUAAAUAAUCGUGAGGAUGCUGCUGCUUGGCUAAAUCGCAAGGCAAUUGCUGAAACUCAAGCACAGCAGCAACAGCAACUGCGGCCUCAGCUGCAAGGCGAUGUUGCAAUUACAGCUGAGCAGCAAAACAGUCGCAUAUUUAAUCACAAAGGCGGCUUGCAGCUGCAACAACAACAGCAGCAGCAGGGACAGCUGCAAUUGCCAGCUUAUGGCAACAACAACAACGCUGCUGCUGCUGCUGCAACGCUUUAUGGCAUGUCGCUGCCAGGCACAAACAUCUAUUUGACACCACAACAGCAGCCAGUUGCAGUUGCUAGCGUGCCACAGCAGCAGCAGCCAGCGUGGCCACAAGUUGCAGCGCCGCCAGCUGCACACGGCUAUAUUGCUGCUGCGCCAGCAUCGCCAGUUGCUGCUGCUGCCGCUGCACCACAGCAAUCAAUGCUGCCCGUGCUGAAUGCAGCGCCACAGCCAGGCAAGCAGCAAGCCGCAGUGGAUGAGUAUGACUACGAUGAUGAGGAAAAGUCCACUGAGGCGCCCAAGAAGAAAACGCGCAAGCAUAAGAAGUUCAAGUCGCAGGACAACAAGGAUGCAAAUGUGCUGGCGCUGGAGCAGACCAAACAGCAGCUGCCACAGUUGCAUCCCACAUUGCCGGUGCCUGUAGGUCCCGUGCACGAGCAGUACAAGAUUAUACACGAGAAUCUGGCGCUGGAGUUUCGCGAUCAUGAUGGUCAGGCCGAACGUCCUGGCGGCGCUGUGCUAUCCUUAACGCUGGGACUGCUGGUCACAGCGGCGCUGUCCAUCCUCAUUGGCUGUCGCAUGCGCACAGUGGGACGACGCGCGCGUAGACUGGGCGGCAAGACGCCCUAUUCCCAGGAGGCCGACUUCCUGGUCAAUGGCAUGUAUCUGUAAGGGGAUUAGACAACGUUAUAUCCAUUAUAGUUGUAAAGCUUUGUCGUGGGCGGGGGCUGCAGCAGACAGUGCGGCGCAGUUGCAUAGACACGCUUCGGCUGUUGCUAUUCGCAUGCCCCGCACUGUCUGCUGCUUGGUUUUGUUAGUCUAACUGUAUUGAAUGUCAAACCUAUUUUAUAUAAACAAUUAUAUACAUACACACAUUAUAUACAUAUAA